AUGGCAAAUACAUAUCCGUUUCCUGACAAUGUUCAUGUCACCAGUUCCGUUACUCUCAAGCUGAAUGACACCAACUAUCUUCUGUGGAAGACACAGUUCGAGUCACUCUUGUCCAGUCAAAAGCUUAUCGGCUUUGUCAAUGGAGCCGUCAAUGCUCCAGCUCAGGCUCGCCUCGUCGUCAAUGGUGAAGUCUCCAACGAGGUCCCAAAUCUUCAGUACGAGUCGUGGUUCUGCACAGAUCAACUUGUGCAGUCUUGGUUGUUUGGUACUCUGUCCGAAGAAGUCCUUGGUCAUGUUCACAAUCUGCAAACCUCUCGCGAGAUUUGGUUGUCUCUUGCAGAAAAUUUUAACAAAAGCAGUGUUGCUCGAGAGUUCUCUCUCCGUUGUAGCCUCCAGCUCCUUCUCAAGAAAGAUAAGUCUCUGUCUACCUACUAUCGCGAGUUCAAGAACAUCUGUGACUCUCUUAGCUCCAUUGGAAAGCCAGUUGACGAGUCUAUGAAGAUUUUUGGUUUUCUCAAUGGCUUGGGGAGAGAAUAUGAUCCGAUAGCCACAGUCAUACAAAGCUCUCUGACAAAGCUUCCUACCCCAACGUUCAACGAUGUGGUCAAUGAAGUUCAGAGCUUUGACUGCAAGCUCCAAUCCUAUGAAGAUGCUACUGCAGUCACUCCUCAUCUUGCCUUCAACACGGAGAAGACGAACCCGUCUGACCCUCAGUUUGCUUCAAGAGGUCGUGGUCGCGGUUCUGGACAAAACAGAGGAAGGGGAGGUUACUCUACAAGAGGAAGAGGUUUCACACAACACCAAUCUUCCUCACCAUCCUCUGGUCAGCGUCCAGUGUGUCAGAUUUGCGGUCGUACUGGCCACACUGCUCUCAAGUGCUACAAUCGCUUCGACAACAACUACCAAGCUGAGGCAGUUCAAGCCUUCUCGUCUCUUCGAGUCUCUGAUGGCAACGAGUGGCAUCCUGAUUCUGGAGCAACAGCACAUGUGACACCCUCGACGGACAACUUACACUCUGCAACAACCUACGAAGGUAAUGACACAGUUAUGGUAGGAGAUGGAAACUUUGGUGGACUCACUUGA